UUCUCUUCCUAGCAGUAACGGUUAGCUUAGAGCACAGGUUAGCCUACAGCAGUUUCACAUUUAUUCGAUGACAUUGAUGUAGUAGUGUAGUAGUAUAGUAUCUAGUAUUAUAAUCCAAUUUAUGUUCAGUGCAAUAAAUUCCGACGUUAGUUAUGCUUUAAACCAUAAAUUAAUGACACUAAAUAUGGCAUUAAAUGAGUUAGCCUAAAGUUGCUUAGCUAAUAACACAGGCUAACGCUAAAGCUUAAACUGGGAAAACGAACUGCCCAAAAUGCUCAAGGUGCAGCUACUACAGCUAAGCUAGACAGUUGUUCUCUCCCGCUGGCGUCUGUGUGGCUUUCCUCAGCAUGCAGCCAACACCAGGAGUGUGUUCUCCUUCCAUAACCAGAGGGCAUUCACUCACUCCAGUCUGGCCACCAGAGUAGUGCUUGGCCCUGAAGUAAACUAAAGGACAUGCACAGUCCCCAGUGGUACUUGAAGUACAUGAGUUUCUCCUAAGUGCUUAGGUGAUUUGUUUUUUAUUUCUGCGGUGAUCCAAAACUGGGUCAAGACAAAGGAGACCUGAAGGAGAUGGCGAUGGGUCCACCUGAAGCCCUUUGGGUGCUGCAGCUGCUAUUUACUGUCUGCUCAUGUAAGGAUGAGUGUUCCCAUGUUGAAGAUUGGCGCGGUGCUCAGCACCAUGGCUAUGGUAACCAACUGGAUGUCCCAGACUCUGCCGUCGCUGGUUGGACUCAAUGGAACCAUCGUCUCCCCCGAGGGCACACACGAGCGGUUCGUCAGUGGUUUGUACCCCGGCUCAGAGGAGGGCUGGCAGGUGUACAGCACGGCUUCAGAUCCCGACGGCAGGUGUGUUUGCACGGUGGUCGCUCCGGCACGAAACCUCUGCAAACGAGACCCUCGGAGUCGACAACUACGCCUGCUGACUGAACAGGUCCAGAAUGUGAGUCAGUCCAUGGAGGUAGUAGACCUGCGGACAGCCAGAGACCUGCAGUAUGUUCGAGACUCUGAGCCACUGCUGAGGGGAGUGGACGGACGCUUACACACUUACGUGGCCAACCCCCGCACUCUGACGGCCAAGGGCCUGCAGGAGCUGAAGGGCCAGAUGUCUCAGCUAAGGCCCCUCCUCUCAGUGAUGGAGCAGUACAGAUUGGACCUGCAGACGCUGGCCACCCUGCGACUGGAGCUCCUCAACCUGUCAGUCAUCCUGACGGCCAUCCAGGAAGAGAUCGGAGCGUACGACUACGAGGAGCUUCAGCAGAGGGUUUUACUGCUGGAGACCAGGCUGCACAGCUGCAUGAACAAACUCGGUUGUGGUCGUCUGACUGCAGUUAGCAGCCCAAUCACCGUGAGAGCCUCGGGCUCCCGCUUUGGCUCCUGGAUGACUGACGCCAUGAUUCCCAGCUCCGACAGCAGGGUGUGGUCGAUGGACGGCUACUAUAAGGGCCGGCGCGUGCUGGAGUACAGAACCAUGGGGGAUUUCACAAAGGGGCAGAACUUUGUGCAGCACCUGCUGCCCCACCCCUGGGCGGGAACCGGCCACGUGGUUUACAACGGCUCCCUCUACUACAACAAACACCAGAGCAACAUCCUGGUUCAGUAUCACUUCCGCUCUCGCAGCGUGUUGCUCCAGCGCAGCCUGAGCGGGGCCGGGUACAACAACACAUUUCCCUACAGCUGGGGAGGCUCCUCUGACAUCGACCUCAUGGCUGAUGAGAUGGGACUCUGGGCCGUCUACACCUCCAUCCCAAAUGCUGGAAACAUUGUGGUGAGUCGUCUGGACUCUCGUUCGCUGGAGGUCCUGCAGAGUUGGGACACGGGCUUUCCUAAGCGCAGUGCAGGGGAGGCCUUCAUGAUCUGCGGCACCUUGUACGUCACCAACUCCCACCUGGCCGGGGCCAAGGUCCACUUUGCCUACCACACCAACUCCUCCACGUACGAAUACACCGACAUCCCCUUCCACAACCAGUACUCCCACAUCAGCAUGAUGGACUACAACCCCAGAGAGAGGGCGCUGUACACCUGGAACAACGGGCACCAGGUCCUCUACAACGUCACACUGUUUCACGUCAUACGGAGCGACGGAUAGCUCGUCACGUGGGAAAUGGCAAAAAAGAGAGGGAGUAUAGUAGAGGAGGAUGCAUUGUGUCAUUAAAGGGUACUGAAAUUUACACAAACACACACACACACACACACACAGAGAGAGAGAGUGGCCAUUCAUGUCAUCAGGAAAGUGAUUGCUGUCUUUGUUUGAAUGUGAAUGACUUGAGGACUGCGAGAGCUCGCUGGGCUAAUAACACAGACACAAUACGUGGUUGUCGAACACAUGUCUAAAGGUCACGGACAAGAGCGUUCAUCACGGCGAAGAUGGGAAUUAACUGCCACUGCUUCACGCACGCUGACAGAAAGAAGGAAGUCAGACAGUUUCAGCUCAUCCAUAUUCCGUUGCGUUUCAUUCCACUUGCUUCUCGAGAAGUGAUUUUGGAGGUUGAGGUCCAAUUGUCGAGGAAAAAAAAGAAAAAGAAAAAGAAAAAAAAAGGCAGCUCGUGAACUGAAUUUUAACUUGCUCCAAACCUCGAGCUGUGGCGACGGACCUGAUGAAGAUGUUCCGGGUUUGUGAUGUGAUCGUGGACUUGUUCAGUCAGCAUGGUUGUUCGUUCAUUAAAUCUUACUGUCAAACUUU